AUGGGGAAGUCAGCAGUAAGUACUACAGCUAAACCACCAUCGCCAACUCCAGCUUCGGCAACCGCUUUAUCCUCGUCGCCAUCGUCUUCCUCCGCAGCAGCAGCAGCAGCACGAACUAGCACCUUUGCCCGUCACCCGUACAGCCAGCAGAGGAUAUAUUCGCCUCCGCACCCGAAUCCCUACCCGUCUUCUCCAAAAGCGCACUCGUCGUCCUCGUCCUCAUUAUCUAAUUCAUCUCGCUUUGGAUUAAAUAGUCAUGAGUAUUUUAGAGUAGAAUACAACCACGGUGAUAGCAACAGCAACAACAACAACGAGAAGAACAACGAGAAGAACAACGAGAGCAGCUUUUACAAGAACUCGCCCCAGUACCACUACCCGACCUUUGACGAGGAGAACAAGCGGAAGAAUAGUGGUUCAACUUACACAUUUGGCACCCGCGACUACAACCACCACAGAUCCACCAGCAUCGAAGAGCAAAAAAGUAUUGACAAUUUGUACAGAAAUAUUGAUAGUCAGUUCCCCAGUGGUGCAGCUCAUCCAACACGCAAGGACCCCAACGAGCUGUUUCGAAACACCUCAAACCCAGCUCUGCAAUUCCAGCCCCGCUUUGCUGGCCGUCAUCCUCAACAACAACAUCAGCAACAUCAGCAACAACAAUACCACCACCAUAAUAAAAGCAACAACAACAAUACUAUGAGUUACGUACAGCAGCCGUCUCAGCCCACUAGCAACCAACAGCGGCCAAACCCGCAGGCCCAUGGCUCGCAACCCCUGAAUCCGCAACAGCUAUUCACCGGAUCUUACUCAGGCAAUCCCCAAAUGCAAAGGAACCCUCCGCUAAAUUUGCCCCUAGCAAGUUCACCACCACCACCGUCACAGCAACAACCGUCACAACAGCAAAACUACCAGUUGCCUCCUCGAUCUCGGGGAGACUCAAUCUUCUUGCCUCCACCAAUAACCUCACAAAUGCGGCCCAGCAAUGAGCCUGCUUACGAAACAACAUCGUCCAAUAUGCUCAACCAAAAUGCAAACCCUUUAGUUUCAAGGUCAAACAGCAUAUUCAGCUCCCUUAUCAAUCUUCCGGGACUGACGGGAAAUUCAGUCAGUGACCAAUCGUCAACAUACCCUAAUCUGGGUCCAGCUCCAGCUCCAUCGACAAACACGGCUCCAGCUACAGCUUCAGGAUCAGCUCCGUCGGCCAAUAAUGGUGCGCCACCACCCGCAGCAGGCAAGAAUACCUCCUUGGCAAGCUCGGCGCCGACUUUGCCACCCAACUUGCCGCCUCCAUCACGGUCUCGUCAAAUGUCGUUGGCGGUGCCCAAUCAAGAAUUCACGGUUGAAGAUCUAGAAAAUCUAUUUGGCAACGAUCGAGAAAGCAUGGCAAAUCUUUUCAACUGGCUGCAAGGCGACGCCAAACUGUCUUCUGCCGCUGGCUCCAAGACCAAGGCGGGGUCGUUGGACUUGUCAUCGUGGGUCGAUGGCUCUCAGCAACCAAAUUCGAUUGCUUUCACCAGCAGCGUCACCGAGAUUAUCCAAAACAUGAUCUCCAAUGGCUCCUUGGAUUUCUCAAAUAUGAAUAACCAAGAGCGCCGCAACUCCAUCUUGAAAAUCAUCAAUGACCAAAACGGAAUCAAGAACCAGCGCAAGUCAAAUCCGUCUACAAAUUCAAACGUCAGUGCAACGCUAAGGCAAGAUAUCUUUGACAAGGGCCGCACGGACCGUCACGAUGGCCAGUCGUUGCAGCAGUCAAUUAAACCACAACAGCUUCUGCCCGAGCAGUUUCGACAAGGCAACCCCGGUGGAAAACCCGAAAAGGACCAUGUAUCACCGACAUCGUCCAUGUCAUCCAAGACUUCUCGGCCUACCGAGCAAUCGCAUUCACCCAAAACAACGCCCACUUUUGCAGAUGCCGGUGUCAAUGACAUUUACAGCGCUGAGAUGUACACCCGGCCCACAAUCAACCCACAGUCGCAACGAGCUUUCCAAAAUGGAGCCAACACCAUGUCUCCGCUGCUGAACCCGUACCAAUUCUCCAACUACCCCAGUUUCAAUAACCUGCUUGGAUUUGCAAACAUGCAAACGCCUGGAGGCAAUCGUCAAAAUAGCUUCAUGGGUAAUUAUUCUUAUCCAAUGCAAAUGCAAAUGCAACCACAACAGCAACCACAACCACAAUCGCAACCACAGCAGCAACCACAACCACAACCACAAUCUCAAUCUCAAUCUCAAUCUCAAUCUCAUUCGCAUCCCCAACAACCACAACAGCAACCUCAACCUCAUCUCCAUCCCCAUCAACGGCAUUCCCAACAACAUCCCCAGCAGCAACCACAACAGAUGUUUCCUCAGCAAAUACGAACAGCCAUGCCACCGCAAUCACAGCAGUAUCUGCAGAUGUAUUUCCCGCUGGGGAUGCCCCCUCAGGCUCAGCAACAAUACUAUACACAAGCGCCGCCUCCGCUUCCACAACCCCCACAGCAGCCUCAGUAUCCACCUGUUCAGCAGCAGUCGCAAGUGCCCACAACCAGUAAACCCAAAAAGCAACAUUCUCGCAGAUCAAGAAAACUGAGAGACAGCACAAGUGAGCGUGAUUACGGUAUCACUGAUAAUCCCAAUUUGAUGCCAGCUCAACAAUUUGCCAAAUCCGAAGACGGACGGCCGCUACUCGGGGCAACCAAGAUCGACCAGUUGAUGUUGGUUAUUCAAGCGAGGGAAAAGGGCGUGACCAAAUCCAUCGAUCAAGGACCAGAUGGCAGCAUAUUGGCUGCUCCCGAUAGUUAUAUGAGCGGCCAGGGCAUCGACACCGAGGGUGGCGUGCUCCCACGGCCGGUGAGUCUAGUUGGUGGAGUUGACAAACCUCACAAACCCAAGAACGAAGCCGAAGAAGGCACCGACGAGUACAGCCAGCCAAAGCGCAAGAAAGCCAAGAACCAGCAGUGCCCCUACUGUCUCAAAUUUUUCACCCAAUCUACUCAUUUGGAAGUGCAUAUCAGGUCGCACAUUGGAUACAAGCCCUUUGAAUGCUCCUAUUGUCAUAAGAAGUUCACUCAGGGUGGCAAUUUAAGAACACACUUGCGACUUCAUACUGGUGAAAAGCCAUUCACAUGCGACAUUUGCAACCGUUCAUUUAACCGCAAGGGCAAUUUGGAAGCUCACAAAUUGACUCACGAAAACGUCAAGCCGUUUGAAUGCCGCUUGGACGGUUGCGACAAGUCCUUUACACAGUUGGGCAAUUUAAAGUCUCAUCAGAAUAGAUUCCAUUUGCAAAGUUUGAAUACGUUGACGCAUAAACUAGCUGAACUCAGUGGGCCUGCGAUCAAUCAAUUACCGCCUGAUGAAAAAGAUUUGCUCAUUUACUUUAAGGAUUUGUACAAAAACUCAAACAAGGGUAUUCGUGGAAGAGGCAAGCAGCAGAAACUUGGAGGAGAAGGAGGAGGAGAAGAAGACGAUGACGGUUUGGACGAUACAGCACCUCAAUGA